UGUUGCAAAGAACUCAAAAAGACCACAACAGUUGAUGUCCAUUAGCGUGUUGGGUGUGUCUGCUUGGAUGAGGGACUACCUGAAUAAUGUUCUCACUUUAACUGCAGAAACAAGGGUGGAGGAAGCUGUCAUUCUGACUUAUUUUCCCGUGGUCCAUCCAGUCAUGAUUGCAGUCUGUUGCUUCCUUAUCAUCGUGGGGAUGUUAGGGUACUGUGGCACAGUGAAAAGAAACCUAUUGCUUCUUGUAUGGUACUUUGGAAGUUUGCUUGUGAUAUUCUGUGUUGAACUGGCCUGUGGUGUUUGGACAUAUGAACAGGAAGUAACGGUCCCAGUACAAUGGUCAGAUAUGGUCACUUUAAAAGCCAGGAUGACCAAUUAUGGCCUACCUAGAUACCAGUGGCUUACCCAUGCUUGGAAUUUCUUUCAAAGGGAGUUUAAGUGCUGUGGAGUAGUGUACUUCACUGACUGGCUGGAAAUGACAGAGAUGGACUGGCCUCCUGACUCCUGUUGUGUUAGAGAGUUCCCAGGAUGUUCCAAGCAGGCACAUCAUGAAGACCUUAGUGACCUUUAUCAAGAGGGUUGUGGGAAAAAAAUGUACACUUUCUUGAGAGGAACAAAACAAUUGCAAGUGCUGCGGUUUCUAGGAAUCUCUAUUGGAGUUACACAGAUUCUGGCUAUGAUCCUCACUAUUACUUUGCUAUGGGCUCUGUAUUAUGAUAGAAGAGAUCCUGGGACAGAUCAAAUGAUGUCCUUGAAGAAUGACACCUCACAACACCUGUCCUGUCAUUCAGUGGAGCUACUGAAACCCAGCCUGACAAGGAUCUUUGAACAUACAUCCAUGGCAAACAGCUUUAACACACAUUUUGAAAUGGAGGAAUUAUAAGUGCUGCAAAUGAUUUGGAGAAGUCGCAACUAUUUGUUGGUGUGUUUGCCUCUUCUACCCUUCAGGUUCAUCUUGGGUAUUUUUAACUAUUUCAGUCUUACUCAUCUAUUUCAGAUAAUGACUUAUGAACAGAUGGAGAGGCUCACAUGCAAGGACACUUGAAGAACUGUCUUUCAGCUUUUUAGAAAACCGUGAAAUGAUUAUUUUGCAUAUGAGAAGGAUUCACUGGGCACAGUAAUAUUUAACUUAUUGUCACAGGAUAUACACUGUGUAAGACACUAUUUCUUAUGCUGUUAGUGCUAAUGACAUUCUUAAAAAAAUGUAUCACAGAAAAAAAGAACUGUCUUCUAAAAAAAAAAAAUUGCUAUAUUUGUGGGAAAGCAAAAUGUGACUUCAGCUGAAAUAGACUUUUAAACAUAUUUUAACUAAGCCAUUGGGAAAAUGUCUUAAAAUGAUCAGGGAUAUACAUUCAUAUAAGUAAGUGUGUGUUUGUGUGUGUGUGAAUCAUAGAAUUACAGUUCAAGUAAAUGUGUUAAAGUUUGCAACAUGUGUUAAAAAGUGGGGGGGUACAAUUUUCUAACAGCACUUUUAUUUUAGCUGUUUCUUUUAAAGAUAUUCUAAAACCUCUAUUUUUAACAUAACUGUUUGAUUAAAAAAAAACAUAUUAAACAGAGGUUUUAAAAACCAUGAUUAUAGACUCUAUUAUUCUAAAUGUGAUCUAAUUUCUAGAAAAUCUUUUUUUUAAACCGAGUUUGUUCUUUGGAAUGGUUUAUGUGGUAUGGAUCAAUUUGGGAAUAACAUUUAUAGUUUUACCCCACCUUCUCCCAUUCCUCUACCCUCCCAAGCAAAAAUGAAAGACAGCAAAAUUCUUAUCUACUGGCUUAUUGUUCUGGAUGUAAUUGCAAUAAAUGUAAGAGCCUAAAAGAAGAAAUUAUACUAUGUCUUUUUCUUCAUUAAGAGCUCUCUGGUGACUCAAGUCACAAAAUGGAUGCAGAGUUAAAAUAUAUUUAUUGAGGUGGGAAAAGUGCAUUUUACUGUAUUUUUAUGAACAUUGUGUAUUUCUUAGGAUUAUUUUUAAAAUCAGCCAAGCUCUUGAAAAGUGUGUUUGCUCUAACAACUACCAUGUUUUGUGGUGAGUGCAUUUUUAUGAAGUAUCACAAUUGUAUAGAUCUUUCCACUUGUUUUGAACUUGUAAAAAAAAAAAAAAAAAAAAAAGUAAAGUGUGAUCUGGUAGA